UUUAUCAUUUUCAGGUGACAUACAAAUGGAGGGCAGUAGCCCAAUUGCUCCCCACCGUGGUUUCAACAGAAAAGCGCGAGUUACUCUUCUCGAUAAGACUGAAAUCGACAGAGUGAUGCCAAAGUCUUCGAGCGAGUUCGACAUUCGCAAGAAACUCAACAGCAUGGCGAGCCGUAAGAAGGACAGCAGCGAUAGCUCUCCGAAAAGCCAGUGCUCAGUGAGCUCAAUUCCUGAGCAUCCUACUUUCGAUAGUAUCGGUGAGCGUCCAAACGUGAAGAAACAUAUGAAACUUGGAGAUCUUGGAAAAACUCGUUCAUGCGUUGAGCUGAAAACUAACGAUAAACGACUUUUACGCACGUUCCAAGAGGACAACAUAAUCAAGAUGCCAAGCAUGGAUUCAGAUAUUGGGGACGAUCAUGUCACUGGUGUCAAUGAUCUAUGCCUCAGUUUUGAAGGUCUCGGAAAGUCUCUCAUAUACUCCCAAUCUGACGACAACAACUCCAAUGACGUCAAGAGCAAAAAAGCAAAGAAUUGAACUGAGAAUGCUGACGGAUGUUCAACGUCGCCCUAACUUUUUGUGAUUCUAUUCAUUAAAUGACGACUAUUUUUCUCAUGGAAUACCUUAUAAUAUUUUGAUUUAAAAACUUUAAAGCAACUAAUUAGAAUAAAACCGCCAGAAUGAAUAUACCGAAUCUCACAAAUACAAUUUCCCAUCGGUUAUAAAACCUGUCUUUUU